ACGGGGAUGCCAGGAUAGAACACUGUGGGGCCACUGUGAACAGGUGUCUGAACUCGAAGGGCUCUCGCUGCUGGAAAUGUUGUGCCUGGACCAGCAACAGUGACAUCACCUAGGAGCUUGUCAGAAGCGCAGAAUCUCACUCUGGUCCAGACUUCCUGCAUCCAAAUCUGCAUUUUAACAAGCUCUCCGGGGGAUUCCGAUGCACAUUAAAGUGCGAAAAUGCACCGUGCUAAGGAUAUUUACAGGGAAAGUGUCAACUAUAGAUUAAGCGCCAAGAGGUUGAGAAAAGCAUAUGAUCCAGGCUGACAGGACUCUAGGACCGCUCCAGUGGUUCGUUGCCUGGCAGCUGCCACGCUCCUCCAAGCAGUGGAUUACAUUGUUGCAACAUCAUUGGCUGGAGAAGCGCCCGAAGGACAGCACCGCCAGCCAAUGGGAAGCCGCUGUUCACAGGCAGGCGCUAUAUAUGAGCCAGUCAGGCCCGAGUAUGGAUUUAACCCUUUGAAGGGAAUCCUUUCCUGCUCCAGCAACAUGAGGCUUUUUUUGAGGAACACGAUCUUAACGCUGUUAGUCACUUCUUUGAGUGGGGCUCUCAUCCCUGAACCAGAAGUGAAAAUCGAAGUUCUGCAGAAGCCAUUCAUCUGCCAUCGCAAGACCAAAGGAGGGGACUUGAUGUUGGUCCACUACGAAGGCUACUUAGAAAAGGACGGCUCCUUAUUUCACUCCACUCACAAACAUAACAAUGGACAGCCCAUUUGGUUUACCCUGGGCAUCCUGGAGGCUCUCAAAGGUUGGGACCAAGGCUUGAAGGGAAUGUGUGUAGGAGAGAAGAGGAAGCUCAUCAUUCCUCCCGCCCUGGGCUAUGGGAAAGAAGGACAAGGUAACAUUCCUCCAGAGAGUACACUGAUAUUCAACAUUGAUCUUCUGGAGAUUCGAAAUGGACCAAGGUCGCAUGAAUCAUUCCAAGAAAUGGAUCUUAAUGAUGACUGGAAACUCUCUAAAGUUGAGGUUAAAGUCUAUUUGAAGAAGGAGUUUGAAAAGCAUGGUGCAGUGGUGAAUGAAAGUCAUCAUGAUGCUUUGGUGGAGGACAUUUUUGAUAAAGAAGAUGAAGACAAAGAUGGAUUUAUAUCUGCCAGAGAAUUUACAUAUAAACAUGAUGAGUUAUAGAAACGUAUCUGCCUAUUUUAUAUAGCAUCAGUCUUUAAAGAGCGAUUAAUCUUUAAAGAAAGUCUUAUUUUUUAACAAUGUUCUGUUCUUGCUUUUUUUUUUUUUUUUGUAAGUUUUAUAUAUUUUUUCUAUUUA